CUCACUUCUCCCCCCCCCCCCCAAUAUCCUUUUGGGAUGAACCUCAUCCCAUUCCACCUUAUCCUCUAAUCUUCUUUCAGCCCAUUUCUUUGCUUGUGUCGAACCCUUCGCUCGCUUUGCUUUCUUGUCUAUCUAUCUAUCGGUCAAUGAACCGUGAAGUCAGUCUUUACAACCUGUGCUUAUGACACCACCAACCAACCAACGCCCUGCCACAAUCACCCGACGAGACCUCUUCUCGCUACUGCUACUGCUUUAAACCGCACGCCUCGAAAAGGAAUGAACCAACUCACUAUAUAAUACAAGCCCAGUACCACAGCAAUAAUCGAUCAUCAUGAUUCUCUCGCUCAGUCGCCCGGUCACCCUGGCCCUUUCGACACUUCUCCUCCUCAACUUCUACCUCUUCCACCGCGUACUCCACCAGCCUGUGGUCACUAGUACAUUUUCCGUAAAUACAACCCCGGUCCAGCAGCAGCAGCGAGAGCAACAAGACCAGGACCAGCAACAACAGGCCUUCCUAUCACCUACUCCUACUCCGUCACUCGAACCAACUAGCGCCACUCAACCCACCUGGACCACACUCCCGAUCUCAGCAGCGACCCCAACCCCAACCCCAACUCCAAUUCCAACUCCAACCGCUUUUCCUCUGAAGCUGUGGCAAAAGUCAGGUCCCAAAGGAGUUUCUCCGGACAUCCAGACCUAUAUCCAAUCGUGGCAUGCGCUCAACCCGUCCCUCCGCCACGAGAUCCUUUCCGACGACAGUGCUCUCGCUUACGUCGAAGAGACCUUCCGAGACGAGUGGCCCGAGGUGGCAGAUCUCUACCAGCAGAUCCAGGUCCCAAUCAUCCGCGCCGAUCUCCUUCGCUUGUUGAUUCUCUAUGCCGAUGGGGGCAUCUGGAGCGACCUGGAUGUCACUUGCGAAACACCUAUCGCGGAGUGGAUCCCCGACGUAUUUGUCAGGGAUGACGGCAACAUCUGGGUGAAGGAGCAGGUCAACGUUGUAGUCGGACUGGAGUUUGACGGAUGGCAGUUUGCCAGUUGGACAAUGAUGGCCAAACCCAGGCUGAAUCACUUCGAGGCGGCGAUCGAGUAUGUGAUGCACCAAAUGGAGGAGAUCGCACAAUCGCACAAUGUGUCGCUCUCUGGGGUGACGAUGGAAAUGAUUCCCGACGUUGUGGAUGCGAGUGGUCCGCAGGCCAUCACCGUGGCGCUACUCCGGAGUCUCUCGCAUACGCUGGGCGAGACGGUGGAUCGGUCCAAUAUCACCAACUUGCGUGAGCCGAGGCUGCUCGGGGACGUGCUGGUCUUGCCGCAGGCGGCAUAUGCAGCACUGCAGGGCGGGUACCCCGAGGACCAGGGACCCUACCUGGUCUCGCAUCAUUAUGCGGGUUCUUGGAAGAAUGUCCAGGGAGGUGAACAACGGCGCUAGCCCGCAUUAACCUUUGAUUCUGGUCUUUUGUCUUCCUCUUUACUCCUGGUUAAUUUCUAUGUAUAUAUUGAAAUCACAUAUCAUUUUUUUUCCCCUUAA